AUGCCCUUCCACACGAGUGGUGUGCCCCAGGGAUCUGCGCUGGGCUCAGUCCUGUUUAAUAUCUUCAUUGAUGAUCUAGAUGAGGGUAUUGAAUCCACCAUCAAUAAGUUUGCAGAUGAUACCAAGUUGGGAGCAAAUGUGGAUCUGUUAGAGGCUCUUACCUUAAAGGCAAUGGCCACGGUGGAGAGGCUUUUCUGUCUGUUGGAAGCUCACGGUGCCCGCCCGUCCGUGGAAGGGCUGGAUUGGGCCCGUGAGAACUGGAGUAACUGUCAGAGUGUGGCGGAUCGGAUUGUGGCCCUGCAGAAGGAGGCACGGGCCAAGUCGGGAAAGGGCAAAGCCUUCAUCUGUGCAGUUUUGAGUGCGUGUUUGGCCGCUUCAAUAGAUGAAAAGCAAAGCCAAAACGGACGAGAGAAUAAAAUCAUUUCUUCCUUGCAGGAUCUGGUAGAUUCCCUGCAAGGGCAUAUUGUAACUUUAAAAGAAGUGGCAGAUCUUAAGGAUAGAUUAAAAACAGAAGAGAAGUGGCAAAAGUGGUUUUUGAAGGAGGAAGAGUUAAAGCAGACAGAGCCUGCCUGCAUAUACCCCCAGGCAGAACUGGCAGCAGCAGAGGAAGCUGCGGCUCACAUGCGUCCUCUCAUUAAAACUGAAAUGCUGUAUGAGGAUGAGGAUGGCACCCCUGCCAUCACAACGAAAGAGAUACCCUUUUCUUCCACUGAGCUGGCCAAACUGCGUAAAGAGUUCACACGUUAGGCUGGAGAGUCUGAGGUGGAAUAUGUAGGGCGUGUCUCUAGAACUGGAGGUGAUCAAAUUAGGUUAACAGAGGCUGAAGCUACCGGCUAUUGGGGUGCUAACGUGUUCCUAACUACGGGCAAUAGGAGUGGUCCCUGGAGCCUUACUCAGCGAGCAGCUUUCUGGGCUGGGGGCUUUGAUUCAAAGGAGAGAGGAGAGCCUCUAGUUCUGAGGGGAGGCAUGAAUCAGAUAAUGGAAAAUGUGCAGAAGGCAGCUUGUUUGCAAAUGGUCUAUGAUCGAGAACUGAAACAUCAUUUUGAAUCGCCCCUUUCUCUCUUGGUGGACCCGAAGCGAAUGACCCCUCUGGUGAGGGGACUUCCUGACUCCCUUAAGAUGAAAGGCAUCCAGCUUCAAAAGGAGAUAGCUGACACCCCACUUACCUCCCGAAUACAAGCUGCUCUGAGGGAGAACUUAACACCCGGGAGGAACCAGCCGGAUUGCAGACAAUGGACAUGGGAGGAGGUGGCUAGAGAGCUAUUAGAUUAUGCCAGGCAGUAUGGGGUGCCUGAGGAAGUUCAUAAGCCUGAGCCUAGAGGCUUGAGGCAUGUGAAAAUUAAUCACCCACUGCCAAGUGCAGACCCCCGGAGCCAGAUGCUUCGAAUCCCCAAACGACACUCGACUGGGGGAAGAGAGCACCUGAACACUAGGCAGUAUUGGUGGGGGCUUGGCCGAAAGAAAGGUAUCCCAAAAGAAGUGAUUGAUGGGUUAUCUUCAGGGCAGUUGGAAAUCGUUGUAAAAAACUGGCCAGAGUCUAGCCAGAAACUCGAACCCACUGCACCCCCCUUGAUGGACUUAUCUGAUGUGGGGAAAGGCGUGCCCCCUUCUCAGCCUCAGAGGAGCUGA